AUGGACAGAAGUUGGAUUUCACGAAAACGUAAUACGCCUGAAUUUCGUCAAGGGGUUGAGGAAUUUAUUCAAUUUGCAUUGAAACACAAAAAGGAGGGGGGUAAAAUAUGUUGCCCUUGUAGGAAUUGUGGCAAUAUUACUACGGUCUCUACAGAAAGUCAAUUACGAGAUCAUAUAUUUUGGAAUGGGUUUUCUAAGAAUUAUACCGAAUGGAUAUGGCAUGGUGAAGGGAUUUCAGGUAAGACAAACAAUAACUAUGAGGAUCCUGUAGAGAAUCUAAGUAACGAUCAUUUAUCUUAUGAAAAUGAUGAGUUAGAUGAUUUUGUGCAUGAUACGGAGGAUAAUUUAGAAGAGAGGUCGCAUGUUCUUGAUAGUUUUUUGAGUGAUGCCGAAAAACCUUUGCAUGAGGGUUGCACCAAGUAUACUAAAUUGUCUAGUGUGCUAAGUCUGUUCCAGAUAAAAGCAGAAGGUGGGUGGACUGAUAAAAGUUUUACAAAGUUGAUGGAAAAACUAAAAGACAUGUUCCCCGAGAACAAUGAGCUUGCAAGUUCUACAUACCAUACUAAAAAAAUGUUGUGUCCGAUGGGUUUGGAUGCAGAGAGGAUACACGCUUGCCCUAAUAAUUGUGUGUUGUAUCGAAAAGAGUACAAUGAGUUGCAAGAAUGUCCAAGAUGUGGGGAAUCUCGAUAUAAGGUGAGUGACAAUGGUGAUGCUACCAAUGAACCUGCCAAGGUACUAUGGUACCUGCCUAUAGUUCCGAGAUUGAAACGCUUGUUCGCUAAUGCCAAAGAUGCUGAAAAUUUAACAUGGCAUGCUGACAAGCGCACAAAAGAUGAAAUGAUUCGACAUGUAGCCGAUUCCCCACAGUGGAAACAUAUUGAUGAUCAAUUCGAGGAAUUUGGUCGUGAAUCAAGGAAUUUGAGGUUAGGAUUAUGUACAGAUGGGAUCAACCCGUUUGGUAACAUGAGUAGCCAACAUAGCACAUGGCCUGUUUCGCUCGUGAUAUACAAUUUGCCACCUUGGCUAACCAUGAAGCGGAAGUACAUUAUGUUGUCAUUGUUGAUAUCAGGGCCUAAGCAACCUGGGAAUGACAUAGAUGUGUACUUAGCACCACUAAUUGAAGACUUAAAAAUGUUGUGGGAUGAAGGUGUGCCUGUGUUUGAUGCAUAUCGACAAGAGACUUUUACAUUGCGUGCCAUGAUAUAUUGCACAAUUAAUGAUUUUCCUGCAUAUGGGAAUUUAUUCGGUCACGUCACAAAGGGUUAUAAAGCAUGCCCUAUUUGUGAAAAUGAUACAAAAGCAAUUCAUUUAGAGAAAUGUAAUAAGCAGGUAUACAUGAGCACUAGGGUGUUUUUGCCUCGUAGUCAUCCCUAUCGCAAACUUCGAAAGGCAUUUGAUGGAAAACCUGAGCAUAGAUCUGCCCCUAUUCCUCUAACAGGGAAGCAAGUCUAUGAACAGGUUAAGGACAUCAAUUGUGUAUUUGGAAAACCAUACAAAGCUACGACUGGCCAAGCUUGUUACAAAAAGAUGUCUAUAUUUUGGAGCCUUCCAUACUGGGAACAUUUGGAUGUAAGACAUUGUAUUGACGUGAUGCAUGUUGAGAAGAACGUAUUUGAUAGUCUUAUUGGCACGCUUCUAAACAUACCAGGUAAAACAAAGGAUGGAAAAAAUGCAAGGGAUGACAUGGUUAAAUUGGGAAUUCGACCGGAGUUGGAAGCUGUAAAGAAGGGAAAACGCGAUUAUUUACCUCCAGCUUGUUACACUUUAUCUAAAAAGGAGAAAAGGGUCUUAUGUCGGUCCUUACAUGGCGUGAAGGUUCCUCACGGGUAUUCCUCCAAUAUCCAGAGGCUUGUUUCGAUGAAAGACUUGAAAUUAAUAGGCUUGAAAUCCCAUGACUGUCACACUUUAAUGCAAGAGAUUUUGCCGAUUGCAAUCAGGGUAAUUGAUCCUGGGAAGUUGGAUUCAUUGCAAGCGCAAGUAGUUGUCACUUUAUGUGAACUUGAGAUGUAUUUUCCGCCUUCUUUUUUCGACAUUAUGGUGCAUCUAGUAGUUCAUUUGGUGAGAGAAGUUAAAUUAUGUGGCCCAGUUUACCUUAGGUACAUGUAUCCAUUUGAGCGCAAUAUGGGUGAUCUAAAAGGCUAUGUGAGGAAUCGAUCCCGACCUGAAGGUAGCAUAAUUGAGGGUUACUUGAGUGAUGAGGUCCUCGGAUAUUGUACCGAGCAUUUGGCAGAGCUUGAAAUGGUUGGGCUCCCUACGCCUCGCCAUGAUGAAGAUAGAACACAAGGAAAGGGCACAAUUGGGCGUCGAGUCAUCACCCUUAGCCCUGAAAAACUAGAUCAAGCGUACUUAUACAUAUUACAACAAAGUGCGGAGGUGCAUCCUUAUUUGGAAGAUCAUAUGGAGACUAUCAGAUUGGAAAAUCCUGGAAAAGGUGAAAAGGUUAUAAGAGAUGAACACAACCGCACAUUCAUUAAGUGGUUUCAAAAGAAGGUGACUGACCAGUUACGACAUGCACCACAUGAUGUCACUGAUGUCAUUAAUAUGUUAGCAUUCGGCCCAAACGCUAACGUUAUAUCCUAUGAGGGGUAUGAUAUAAAUGGGUAUUGCUUCUACACCAAGAGAAAGGAUAGUACUAGUACCAUGCAGAACAGCGGUGUUUCUUUAGUAGCGUCCGGUCUGCAUUUUGCGAGUGCCAAGGACAAUAGACCACGACAUGCGAAGAUGUCAUACUACAGAGUAAUUGAAGACAUAUUCGAACUUGAUUUCAGUGAGUUUAGAGUUCCUGUGUUUCAUUGCAAGUGGAUGGAAAUAGGCAAAGGGGUUAAAACGGAUGAAUUAGGAUAUACAUCAGUAAAUUUUGGUAAAUUGGGUCACCAUGAUGAGCCAUUUAUAAUGGCAUCACAGGCAAAACAAGUAUUUUACAUGAGCAAUCCAUCUGAAAAAUCAUGGUCGGUAGUUAUUCAAGGAAAGAGACAUGGUGUUGCGGUUGCUGACCUUGUGCCUGACGAGACAGAAUUUAAUGAAGUUGAUGAGAUUCCUACUUUUGCAAUGUAUCAAAAUACACCAGUUAGUGUAGACGACUUAACUGGACAUUAUUUGCGUGAUGAUCAUAAUGGAGGCGAAUGGGAUACACUGAAAUGA